UCCAGAAAUGGCUCGGGACUUCAAACCUGGUGACCUUAUCUUCGCCAAGAUGAAGGGAUAUCCUCACUGGCCAGCACGGAUUGAUGAGGUCCCGGACGGUGCAGUCAAGCCGUCCAACAUCAAAUUUCCCAUAUUCUUCUUUGGAACCCAUGAGACGGCAUUCUUGGGUCCCAAAGACAUCUUCCCUUAUCUGCCGAACAAAGAAAAAUAUGGAAAACCCAACAAAAGGAAAGGUUUCAACGAGGGAUUGUGGGAAAUCGAAAACAACCCCACCGUUGAACUGAACGGACAAAAAGCAGCCGGUCCAGGAACAGAGAAAGAUUCAGAUAGCAGUCCUGAAGGAGACGAAGAGGGUGAUGACAAAACAGAGGAGAGAAAAAGAAAAACAAAAGUGGCAGGUGAGGAAGAGCAUGAGGAGGAGGAUGAGGAGGAGGAGGAGGAGGAGGAGGAGGAGGAAGGUGACAUGGAGGUAUCUGAACAGGGCCCCCUGGUGGAGAAAGACUCCACACACAAAGAUUCGCUUGACGGCUCAGCCAAACCGAAAAGAGGGCGAAAGAAAAAGAGUGAAGGUGAACAGGACUCAGAAAAAGAGGACAAUGCCACCAGUCCCAUGUCCACUCCUCCAGGCGGAGACGCUCCCGUCCCAAAACGGCGAGGCCGCAAGUCAAACGCGGAGAGACUCCUCCUCCUACAGCAGCAGCAGGCUUCCCAUGAGCCUCUGGGAACAGGCAACGAGAUGGACUCGGCUGGCGAUUCAGAGCGCAAACGAAAGAGAGGCACAGAGGACAAAAGCAGAGCGGCUGACGACAGGGAGGAGGAGAGGAGAAUGGAGGGAAGGAAACGGAAGGACGAGGGCAAAGACGGGAAGAAAGAGCCAGAGCCCAAGAGGAGGCGAAACACCAAAGAGGAGAGCUCCUCGGAUUCAGAGGAUGAGGAGAGGAAUUCCCUGAAGUUCCAGCAGCCUGUGGGGGACGCGGACAGAGAAGAUCGACGGCGUAAACCCGAAGAGCAGAAAGAUUUAGGAAAGGAGGAUGGAAAGAGAGAUGAGAGAAAAGGAGAGAAGAAGAAAGAAGUAUCCACAGAGUCUAGGCUGCAGAGACUACACGGAGAGAUAAAAAUAUCACUGAAGAUUGAUAACCCGGAUGUGAAGAAGUGUCUUGUAGCGUUAGAUGAGCUGGGCUCCUUGCAGGUCACUACACAACACCUUCAGAAACACAGUGAGCUGAUAGCCACGCUCAAAAAGAUCCGCAGGUUUAAGGCCAGCCAGGACGUGAUGGAUAAAGCCACCAUGCUGUAUAACAAAUUUAAGACCAUGUUCCUGGUGGGAGAGGGAGAGACUGUACUCAGCCAGGUCCUCAAUAAAUCGCUGGCCGAGCAGAGGCAGUACGAGGAGGCGAAAAAAGGAGCGAUGAAGAAGGCGGAGCAGGCGAAGGAGCAGACCACAGAUAAGGUCAUGAACGGAGACGCCAAUUCUGAAGAUAAGAACGGGGAAACGGAGAGGGAAAGGUCAGGAGAGGACACAGCAGCCUUGGAUACCAACAAUGUGACGAAACCCCUGGAAGAAUCGGCCUGAGGCAUUGGGGAGACGCUUAAAAGAAUCCCUCCGGUUUAGAGCGGCCUG